ACGUAGUUCAAUGGGUGAGCUUAGGUUGCCAAACUUAUGGAGGGGAGUAUAGGCGAAUGCACUCACGAGUCUUCACAUGAUUUCAACAUUGAACAAAUAUAAUACUAGCUGAACAAGGAAGCAAAAAUAACACACGAGAUAUUCAAAAUUAAAAUUCAAGUAAAGUGAAACAGCAUUUUUUCUAACUAGCUCUAACCGAAAGGGUGACGAUCAUAAUUCGGAAUUUUCUUCAUUUAUAUUGAUUUCCUUUUGAAAGUUUAAACUAUGAAAGACUAUAGAUCAGUUUUACUUGGAUUAGUUGUGAUUAUUUCUUUAUUUUCACUUGUGUCAAGUUGGGAAUCGUGUAACUUGCAAGGUAGAUAUAUAACGUGUCCAUCAUAUUGUUGCGGGUCCUACUCGAAUCGUUAUUGCUGUACCAGUUGUUCCUUGAGAUAUCCAAGACCAACGUCGACAUGUUCAACGUUAACAUCUGGUGUGAUCGUAGGGAUAGUCAUCGGUGGUCUUAUUCUGACGCUGGUCCCAUUCAUUAUCUGCUGUAUCUGCUGCUGCGCUUGUUGUGAAUGUUGCAGGAGCAGAGUACGCAAUAGAGGACAUGUCAUCCGAACUGUUCAAACCGGUGGAACAACAGUGGUGACAACCAGCAACAUGCAACCAGGGGUCAUGGUACAGCCCCCAGCCUACCCAGGCAAUGGUCAAAUCAACCAGGGAUAUGCUCCGUACCCUGCCCAGAACCAAUAUCCGGGACAAUACCCCACAGGACAAGCAGCAUAUCCUGGGCAACAAACAUAUCCCGGACAGCAACCAUAUCCCGGACAAGCGCAACAGGCAUAUCCCGGCCAGCCAGGGCAAAACCCUGCAAUGCAGGCAGCAGGCGCUCCACCUGCCUACAGUGACAUGAAUACAUACAGUAAACCUGCCGAUCCCCCACAGUAGGGAUAUUGCCACAAAGACUAAAUUGUGAAUUCAUCUUCAGAGAUUUUCGGACCUGUAAAUAUUCUAAAGGCUUAAAGGAACAUACAAAAUGAUUUUAUUUAGGUAUUUAAAACUCUUGAAAAUUAUAGACGUGACUUGUUAUCGCACUUGAAGACAUUGAGGUGUCUAUAAUCGUUCAAAAAUAUAAAAAAUGAAUGUACCCUUCAAGAUAUGCACUUAUCUCAAGUGACAGCUUCCAAUGUUGUAAAAAGUGGUCGAUGCUAUUGAAAAGGUUUCUACAAUACUCAUUCUACUCCGGAUAUUAUUUCUGAAUUGUGUUUGGUGGAUUACUGAGUAUAUUUUAUAUAUUAUUUGUGAAUAUGUAAAUAUUACUAUAGAAAAUAUACUUUAUUUCGAAACUAA